UUCAUAACAUAUUCAAUAGUACGAGUAAAAUACCAUUUUUUCUUUCGUGUUUUAUUUUCAUCAAUCGAGUAUUCUCAUAUUUCGGCUGUAAAGGCCUUAUCACAAUUUCACAUCAUCAGUCAUAGUUUAAGUUGAGCCGUAUAACAACUCAACCAACUCACGGAAUCUAAAUAUCAACAUUUCAAUUUCGUCCUUUGAAUACUAAAAAAUGGCUGGAUAUGACGAAAACGACUUGUCUGAUGUGACGGUCGCUCUAUCCAUCGAAGAUAACCACUGGGAAGAACUCGGAUUGGAUGACAACAUUCGGACGCGGCUGAUCAAAAUUGAAAAUGAAUAUGAGAGCAUAUUUUCGUGGGAAAUCAAACAAUUAACAGGACCCAAUCAAAAUCUUAUGUCCAACCUUAUUGAUAAUGUCCGAGGGCAGCUAGAAAUUAUCACAGUUAUGGACGACAAGGACGAUAAAUUCAAUUUAAAUAGUCUUGCCAGUCUCCCACUAAUUCUCUACACGACAACGACCUACUCAGGCCAGCCCGUUCGUCUAUAUUUUUUCAUAUUCCUCCUGCCGCCUGCGGAGACACAUCGGCGUCACAUAUUUCUACCCAUUAAUUGUGCUGUUCAAAAAUAUGGAGUAGCGGCCGCUGACGUCUUCCUCGGCGAUCUUGGUUGUUCGAAGGACUAUCAAACAUCGAUGGGUUUGUUGAAGGAUGUUAAACAAGUCAACAUUUUAAAUGACGAUGAAAAAGCUGCGAUUUGUGCUAUUAAAGCCAACAUUUUUAUGGAAUAUCCGAUAAAAGGAAAUAAUAUCGCUCUGAAAUUUGCUAAUCAAGCCAUUACCGAUUCUACUGAACCUGAGUGGAUAGUCAUUUGGUUAAAAGCCAAAGGACGAGUAAGACGUUAUUCCGAACCUUUUAAAAUGCCAGGAGUUGAUGAAAUAGAUGCUGCAAACAUGUUAUACUCAAUGAAAACUAAUCCUAAACAUUUAAUUAAAGUUUCUAAACUUUAUAAGGAAGUAGGAAAUGUUUAUCAAUUUAUCAACAACCGUGAAGAAUCAGUUAAAUUUUUUAAGCGUUCGUCCGAUAUUAUUAAAAAAUUAAUUAAAUUAGCCAAUGGCGAUAUAAAUCAACUAAAUUAUCUUCUACUGCAAACAUGUAUGGCGUGUCCUUUUUUGUUUCCAAAAUCCAUUUUAAGCAAUUUCAUUACAAAACUGACAAGUAUAAAAAAUAGCAAAGUGGAUCAAAUUCUAGGCAUGUAUUAUUUAAAACAUGAAAAGGAUUAUGUAAAAGCAAGAUUUUAUAUUUCUCUUGGAAUGGCAGCUGGUAAUUUUUAUAGUGCAUUGCAGUUCAUAAAAGUAGAAUGCCUGCUUCAGCCAGUUAAUGAAUUUCCUUAUGUGCAGACACUAAAUACGAUGUAUAAUAAUUUUGAAAAUCCAAAAAGAAGGCUUACUAUUUUAUUUCAUUUAUUGAUAUAUUUCAAUUACUSUGAAAAAAACCCAAAAGAAAUUAUGCGCUACCUUAAAUUGUACAUUGAUCAAGACAUCCAAGAUGCUGUUAAAAAAUCUCAUUUAAUUUUUGGUCGUCCAUUGUAUUAUGUUGGCAGAUUUUUAAGACCAAAUGAUUUUUUAAAUGAUCUAUCAAAAAAUAUMAAAAAAUCAAUAAACAAUAAUAAGUGGGACGAAGAAGAAAAAAAGACGGUAGUAAACACAUWUGAUCGGUUCAAUCAAAUAUUUAAGACAAUAAUUUUGAUGAUGAUAUAAAAAUUAAUCUCAAYGAGAGUCAUCAAAACCAAUUUGUUUCAAAACAAAUUUAUCAGAACAAGUCUUUAUGAAAACCUGCAGAUGCUGCCUGUAGACACGAAACUGUUGACAAAUUUACAAAAAGUUAUUAAUAAUAAUAUUAUAAAUUAGGUAGGUACCUACCUACUUAAAUAAUUGGAUCUAAUGAACGUCAUCAACGCCAAUAAUGCGUUAUUCAAUACCUACUUGUCAAAUUAAUAUUGCAUAAAACUAAUACUAUACAUUUUAUUUAAUCUAAUAUAGUACAAUAGCAU